UUAGAGAGAGACGUAAAAGAGUCGGAGAGAUUUUUAAUUCUUCGCCCUUUUCGUUAUCCCCAUCCGUCAAAGUGUCUGUUUUUCUUUCUAAAACUAUUCGUAUUACAUUUGAUUUUCUCUCUCUAGCAUCGUCAAUCUCGGAAAUCAUCGAACAUAUUAAAGUUCAAUCUGAUUUCAACUCUUCGAAUUUCUGGUUUCAAUUUGAAUUUAUUCUUUUUAUGAUUGUUUUAUUCUUCUAUGAAUUCUUUGAUUUUCAUUGAACUUUAGGUUUGUAUAGAGGCACAUAAGAACAAAAAUCACAGACGAAGAAAUUAUUUUUAUUUGGGGAAUAUUGUUGUCUGUAUUAUCAAAAUUUUUAUUAAUAGAGUUCAUAGAGCAACCCUUUUUAAUGUUAUACAUUUAACAAUUUUUUUGUUUGUUGGUGCCAUCAAUGAAAUGGUGAAGAGGAAAAAUACAGAAUAUGACGCUGGGCAAGUGUGGUGUAGCCGUAUUUUUGUUGCGAGCUGCAUGGUUUUUGAACUGUGAGCGAAAAAUGCAUACACCUGUAAGCUGAGGGGAUCAAGUUUUUCUGUGGGCUUUUGUUUUAUCGGUGGUAAAAACUACAAAGGGGUUUUAUUCGUUGACAAUAGAGCUGAACAGCUUGUUAGCGGUGUGUUUUCGGCUGGUUAAGUUUGAGAUUUUCGCUUCGACGGUGAAGUUUGGCGAUGAGGAAUGAUGACCGGAAAAUUGGUGGCGGUGAUGGCUGGCCAGCCGUGCCAAGGCCAGGUCGAGGUAAUAAUGGGAUCCUUCCUACAUCGUUUAAGUCUCUUUCCAGCUACUUGAGGACUGUUUCCUCCGGUGCUUCCAACGUGGCCUCCACAGUGAGGUCUGCGGCCUCCGCAUCUUCGGUUACUGCGGAGAGAGAUUCUGAAUACAUCGAUUGUCAGGUUAACUGGGCUGGGUUUGACAAAUUAGAAGAUGAGGGAGGCAUCACCUGGCGAGUUCUCUUGCUGGCGUACAGCUACGGCUUUCAGGUUUGGGAUGUUGAAGAAGCAGCCAAUGUGCAGAACUUAGUUUCCAGGCAUGAUGGUCCCGUUUCAUUUAUGCAAAUGUUACCAAAACCAAUGGCAUCAAAGCAGUCUGGGGAUAAAUUUGUGGACAGUUGCCCAUUGCUGAUCAUCUGUGCUGAUGGAUCCUUCUCUGGAGGUAAUAACAACCAGGAGAGGUUUGGUGCUCCUUGUAAUGGGUCCAUCCAACAAUACCAUGGUUCACUUAAUGGUAGUUGUGUUCCUACUGUGGUUUGGUUUUAUUCCUUGAGAUCUCAAUCAUAUAUACAUCUUUUAAGGUUUAGAUCAGUUAUUCAUGUAGUGAGAUGCAGCUCUCGAGUUGUUGCUGUUUUGCAGUCGAAUCAGAUACAUUGUUUCAAUGCUUCGACAUUAGAUAAAGAGUAUACAAUUCUUACAAAUCCGUUUGUUAAGGGGACUUUUGGGUCCGGAAAUAUAGGCUUUGGGCCGCUUGCCGUGGGUCCCAGGUGGAUGGCUUAUAGUGGGAGUCAAGUUGCAAAUUCAGAUUCUGGGCGUGUGAUUCCAGAACACCUUACCCCCUCAGCUAGUUUUCCUAAUCCUACUUCAAAUGAAAGCCUCAUUGCACAUUAUGCAAAAGAGUCAAGCAAGCAACUUGCUGCCGGUAUUGUGACUUUAGGAGACAAGGGUUAUAAGAAACUAUCAAGUUAUUACUCUGAGCUGGUACCUGAAGGCAACAACUCGCAAUCUGGGAAGGCUCGAGGGAAGGUAAUUGGCGUUGCUACUGGCUUUUUGCCUGAUGCAGAGGAUGCUGGCAUGGUCAUUGUCAGAGACACAGUCACCAGAACUGUUGUUGCACAGUUUAGGGCACAUAAAAGUCCUAUUCAAUCACUGUGCUUUGAUCCUAGUGGGAACCUUUUAGUGACGGCUUCAGUUCAGGGUCAUAAUAUCAAUGUUUUCUGUAUUAUGCCUGGACAUUCUGGAGCUUCUUCUGGCCCUUCUUAUUGCCAUAUUUAUAGGCUUCAACGUGGUUUCACAAAUGCUGUCAUACAGGAUAUAAGUUUUAGUGUUGAUAGCCAAUGGAUUAUGAUUAGUUCCUCUAGAGGAACGAGUCAUCUCUUUCCAAUUUCUUCUUCCGGGGGGUCAGUAUCCACUGAUGCUUGUUUUAGUACCAAAAACAGUAGAUCCAGCUUGAUGGCAGAGCCCACGAUUUGCAAUGCACCAAAUUCAGGAUUGCAGGUGCUAACUCAACGGAGUGUCUGCAUAUCUGGGCCCCCAAUUACAGUUAAUGCUGUUAGCAGAAUAAGGAACGGAAAUAGUGGAUGGAGAAACACAGUGAAAGGUGCUGCUGCAGCUGCGACUGGGCGAAUGAGUUCUCUCUCUGGAGUAAUUGCUUCUGCUUUCUUCAACUGCAAAGCCAAUGAUUCGUAUGCAGAUACCAGCUCUCCUAAGAAAAACUAUUACCUGAUGGUUUUUUCUCCUUCUGGUAAUGUGGUACAAUAUGCACUGCGGCUCUCUCCUGUGGUUGAUAGCAUAACAUCUUUGCCUGGAGCAAGCACCCCUUGUGAAUCAGGCCUCAACUGUGAUACAAGAUUAGCUGUGGAGCCAAUUCAGAAGUGGAAUAUUUGUCAAAAACAAAACCGAAAGGAGCAAGAAGAUAAUAUCUAUGCUCAAAAAGUAAAUUCUGAUAGCAGUAAAGUAUUUCCAACAAGAACUAGACAUGAAAACAAUGUAGUUUCCAAUGUCAUGGUUACAACCACAAAUGAUAACAUUACUGAAGAAAGACAUCAAAUGUACAUAUCUGGGGCAGAACUCCGGAUGCAUGAAAGCCAGAAUCCAUUGUGGUUGAGAUCUGAGAUAUAUUUUCAGUCGAUGCUGACCGAUGGCUUUAAUUUAGAUGAGGAAGGUGCUUGUAGGGGAGAGAUUGAGAUUGAAAGAAUCCCUGUUCGCACGCUUGAAAUGAGAUCAAAAAACUUGUUUCCAGUUUUUGAUUAUCUUCAAGCUUCCAAAUUCCCACAAGAGAGGACUCCUGUUAUAAAUAGUGGCAACAAUGGCCAAGCUCUGUAUCAGGGGUCUGCAAAUGGAGAACUUACCUACAAGAGCGGUUCUGGCUCUCUUGACUCUACGAACAGCGUUGGCAUUAUAAUGGCCGAAUCAAACAAUGAUGCCGAAGAAACACGUUGGGAUGGUCUUCAUGUCCCAACUGAAACAAAUAGGGGCUUUGUAUAUACUAAUGAUACCCCCGUGGUGAAUACCGGUAUCGGGACUGUAAUUACUAAACAGAACUCCACGAUGGGGGAGUCUUAGAUCUGUGAAUAAUAGAGAUGGCUUGAAGAUUAUGGAGAUCCAAUCUACGACUAGUUUGAUUAAAGGUUUGAAGGUAUUCUUUUUUUAUUAUCUGGGAAGCUUCCUUAAAAAGUUUCAUAAUUAUGGGUGGAUUAUAUAGAGUGAGAAAUAGGAGCUUUGGAUGUGAUGUGGAAGUUUGAAGACCUUGAUGUUAGUUUUUAUUCGCCAUGGCUUUGCAAGUACAGACUACAGAUGCUAUAAUUAGUUAUAAUAUGUAAAUAAAGGCAAACUGAUUGAUUGCAUAUCUGCUUAUUAUUUUUAAUGCCAUGUCUCUCCAUUUCCAUUA